UUUCGGGCCUCCCUCCCCGAUUACAGAUUUCCGUACCAACGCUCUUGGUUCAUGCGUGCGUGUUGUCGACCAAGUCAACUUCGACUUCUCCGUAUAACUCAGCUUUGCCAGGCAGCGAAGUCUCUACAUUCCUAAACUGCACCGCUGUUGCCGCUUCGUUAGAUUGGGCCUUUGUAGCUGGACUAUUUUUUAACCGAUGUCGGUCAUUCGGAGUCUUCCCUGAAGUGAAAUGAUUUGCAAUGAAAUGCCCACUGGUGAAAUGCCCACAAAAUAAUUACUUAACCUGUCAAGUAAGUGACCGGUGACCAGCGUUGCACGCAACGGAAUAACGUCGUCUGACACCAACCAGCGCUGCGUGAGGUUCCCACUUGCAAGUCUGUCUUCAAGCCUAAGCAGUGUGUGACGCGUUCUUUGCUUUCGUUUCGUUGGCGUGUUAGUCGUAUGGGCUGCGAUUUCUCCGAGAUGCUACACGCAGUGGAAAAUUGUUCGAAGCCCCUGUUAUGAACGUCAAGCUUCCGCUUCGACAUGUGAUGCUCGGUUUGAAGUUAUGAACCCCAUCAUUGAUGGACAGCAACCUUCUUGGCGCCUUUGGGGUGAAGAGAAAAGUGAUGGAGCAGUGUACACCGUUUAUCUUAAGAAAGUGCGAUACCACCCAAGUAGCUCCCUCAGUCGGCAUGACUCUGAGGACUCAGUAUCCCACUUGGAAUGGGAGACUGUGCGUGUGCGAGUUAUCAAGGCAGGGCCCCUGGAGGCCAUCGUGGCCAACCUGGCAGAUGACGAGGGGGGCCUUGAACCAACAAACGUCAAUGUAUUCCUGGCCACCUAUCGCUCAUUUUCUACCCCUCAGCAAGUGCUGGAUGCUUUCCAGGCCAGGUUUCGGGAGCUGAAGAACAAGGAUGGUGCAAAGGGCCUAAGUGCGACAUCUCAGCGGCAUCACCAGUCAUUGGUGCAGACUCUGGUGGUGUGGCUGGACAUGUACCCAGAGGACCUGUAUGAGCCACCACAGUUCUCAGUGCUGCAUCAGUUGGUGGCUCUGGCUCAGGCGCAGCUGGAACCAGGAUCAAACUUGGAGUUGAGAGCUAAGCACCGACUACAGCAGUUCGUGGCAAGAGAUCCUGAAAAAGAUGGGCCAUUCUUCAAGCCACCACCUUGGAAUGUGGUAUUUGGGAGCAGUUGGCCAGGAGCUCAAGCCAGGGCUCAGGUUGUUGGAGGACCCCUUUGGUUACAGGACUUGGACGAAGAACACAUUGCCUGUCAGCUGACUUGGAUGGAUGCGGACCUCUUUCGACGAUUGGUGCCGCACCAUUGUCUGUCUGCCAUGUGGCGCAAGCGAGGUGCCCGGGACUGGGCAGGCACGGUGCACAACACUGCCACCGCCACUGUGCAGCAAUUCAAUGCAGUCUCGCGCCGUGUCACAUCAACACUGCUAUGGGAACGCUGGGAUGAAGGCAACAGAGUUCGCCUACUUGCUAAGUGGAUUGGCGUAGCGCAAGAGCUACGACUGCUUAAGAACUUCUCCUCACUUAAGGCUGUCAUCGCAGCACUGCAAAGCAACGACAUCUACCGAUUGUCUAGUGUGUGGGCUCGAGUGACUCCAGAUAGACUUCAGACAUUCCUGGAGCUGGCACGCAUUUUUUCCAGUGAAGACCACCGGCUUUCCUGCCGUGAGCUCAUGCUGAAGGAGGGAACAGCUAAAUUUGCAGAUACAGUAGGUGAUGAUGAUCGGCAGCUUCAGAAAGCAAUGCAACGACAACAGGCAGCAGGCUCGCCUGGCACAAUGCAGGGUACAGUACCUUACCUGGGCAUCUUUUUGACGGACUUGACCAUGCUAGAUGCCGCUCUCCCGGAUGAGCUCCCCGGAGGUCUGCUCAAUUUCGACAAGCGUCGUCGUGAAUUUCGUGUCCUGGCACAGAUAAAGCUUCUACAGAGUGCUGCUAACUGCUAUAGCCUCCAGCCAGAUCCUGCAUUUGUGGCUUGGUUUGAGACACUGCCCAUGCUUUCAGAUGAACAGAGUUACCGACUGUCCUGUAAAGUGGAGCCAGCCAGCAGUCCCAAGAGAAGCCCUUUGAGUUCUUCGGGCAACACUGUUGAUGGGGACACUGCAUCACUUACCAGCACUAGCAGCCAGCCACAGAGUGGCGGCUCUCACGAAAGCUUACGACGAAAUGGGUGGACCCACCAGCGCCCAUGGCAAAGCACUGGAAAUCUGCAGAGCAUGAUGAGUGCAUGCCCACCACCCACACCACCACAUGACCCAGACUUAAAGGUCAUCAGAGUCAGCCUGGAUCCUACGUUGGCUGCAGGACAGGACAGUCCAUCUGGCAUGAACCAAGGCACCACUCUCUACAAGAGCAUAUUGCUCAGCAAUGGGGACCAUACACCGACCGUAGUGCGCAAUGCCCUUGAAAAGCAUGGCCUAGAGGGUGACCCUGAUGAGUACGAACUCACCCAGCAGCUGCCAGACUCUGAAAUAGUUUUUCCACCUUCAGCCAAUGUCUUCUAUGCACUCAGCACAGCUCAUGCCCUGAAUUUCAUCCUUCGCCAAAAGAAGAGUGAGCCAGCCUCUCCUGUCAGCUCCAAAAAGUCCCGUAAACCCUUUCAGCUCAAGUUGAAGUUGCCAAGUGGCACGUGAACUAGUUUUUGCUGUACAGAAAGGUCUGCUUGCAUUUCUCUGAAUGAAAGUACACCUAUAGCACCAUCACUACAAACUUAAGCAACACAUGGUAAUGUCAUGCUAUUGUAAAACAUCAAGUCAGCUAAGGACCUCAGUUUAAUGUGAAAUUACUUACCAGAAGUCUUUGUGACUUUGGGUGAAAAAGUGCCUGGGAAAAAAAAAAUGUGAGAGCAAUUUUUUACUGCUGUUAAGCUUUGUGAAAGCAAGGCACUUACAAAACUGUGGCGAGUUAUUUACUGCAGUCGGCUGCAAUGUCUAAAAGAAUUGAAGCAUGGCAUCAUGCAAUGUUCCUGUCAUUUCAGCAUACUUUGAUGUUCACUCUAGUGCCUUCUAGGCUCUAAAAGCAUGUACUAAAUGGCAUGUGCCAAUGAGUAUUGUAUUUUUAUAUAAUAUGGAAAUCAAACUUCAUGCGUAUAACUUCUUCACUCAAUCACCAGGAAGUUGAGCAUCCUUACUUAGCAGUGGUGCACCUUAUGGUAAGAAGCCAUGAGGGGUAUUCUAUAUUAAGAAUAGGCAAUAAUGGCUUUCAUGUGUUGUUCUUUUAAUGUGGCCAGAUUAAACUUAAUGGAAAACACCUUUCUACAAAAUUUAAGGGCCAGGUUUAUAUAUAUGUUUCACUGUCUAUUUUUCUUGGCCAUUGUUUUUUGUUAGAACUCUGUGGCCUAUGGGAACAUAGCAGGGAACUGUUUGAAAUCUGCAAAAUUCACCACUCUUUACUAUUUCAUGCUGUAACAUACUGUGCACAUUCUUACAUUUGAGAGUUUGUUUUGCAUUGCUCUAUUUCAAAAUAUGUCAGUGCAACUUUGCUUUUCUUUUUUAAUCUUGUGAUGUUUUUUGUACAUAGAGUUUACUGUUUCUCUUAAUCGUCACCAUUUUAACGACUUUUUUUGCUCUUAAUUACUGGCCUGGUUUCAGACCAGAGCAACAAAUUCAAUGCUCAUUUCACAUUGUCAUCGGUAUUUUGACUGUGUGAGAAAAUGGUACAUCGAACAAUAGCAGGACUUGAGGCAUUCCAGAACUGUACUCUACCACCACCUGCCCCAUUACUAAUGCUUAUCAGGAUAAAUGAGAGCUUCUGUUAACAAACUGAAGGUAUUACAGUUUCUUGUGAAUAUGUUUGCUCAUCCUGAACAAAACUUGAAGUCUGGUUACACAUUAAGAAGGCGGGGCCUUUUGCCAGCACUCGAGUGCCUCUUAAGCCCUUAUUUUACACUAUUGCUGUUUGGUAGCUCCAACUCCUUUAUUAUUAUACUCUCUAUAGUUCUACGAAUUUGAAGGCUCUUUAUAAGCAGAAUUUUUCAUUUCAGUGUGAGGAACUUUUUUCCAAGAACACAGUGCUUUUUGUUCUUAAACUUAUCAUUUUUGUUUUCAUGUUAUUGCUGUGAUAUUUGGUGUUACUGCUGGUUAUUUUCAGCUGUUUGUGUAUGUUCAUGCAUUUUAAAUGGUUUUGUCAGAUGCGCUGGAGCUUCACAACUUUGUUUCUGUUUGUCUUUCUCUUGAUCCCUUUGGAUUGUUUCCAAAGGCUGUUUAUUGGUAGUCAGCCACUUAUCAGGGCAUGAGUACAGCAUACUAAAGAGCUUAGAAUGUUGCUCUUCAUUGUACCAGUAUGACUGCUGCCUAGAGUCUGCUCGUGCCUAUUGUAUAUAUUUUAUGUAUACAACAGCAAUAUUUUUUUCUGACAUUUGAGUAACAUGAACGAGGGGCAGCAAGCAGCUAAAGGUUGCUUCUUCCUUUCCUAUCAUAUCUUUGCAGUUAUGGAACAACUCUUGAACUUUAUUAACGCUUCUAUAGCUAUUGGAUCUAGUGAGGCUGGCACGUAAAUAUUGCUUGAAGUAGCACUGCUUGCACCAAAUUGCGGAAUAUAUCUAUAUAUAAUUUUUUUCAUUAACAGUUACUCAGCUACUUAAUCUUUCAACUACAUUAGAUAGUGUAAGCAAACGUUUACUAAAUUAUACACUAUAUAUAAACAUGAGUUUUCCUUACUCUCAAAUGGAUGCUGAGCUAUAUGUUUGUAAAGAUUUUCUAGAGAUUUAGUCUUUAUUAGAACACUUUCUGUGAAAGUUCUUUGCAACAGUGCAAUACACCAAGAAACUUCUCCCCCAAUGGCUGUUUGCUACCUUCCCACUCUUGCGCUCACAUACUUAGGGCAAGCGUCAGUGCAAGGGCACGACAGCACACGGAAGAUGAUUCGUGUGGCCUUAAUUUUCCCACAAACUAUUUUUACUGUUUUUCUUGCACAUUUUAUUAAUUGGAGCCACUCAAGGUCACAUAUCAGACUGCAUCUGUGUAGUUUGUAUAUUCCUUGCCUUCCUCCACAUCGCAACACUUCUAGAAGGCUCCUCUGCAAUAGCACAGGCAGCUUGUAGCAGUCAUUAUGCACUUGGCUGUCAUACAUAUGAAUGUAUUUUGCAAUGGAAACAGUAUUAGUUACAGCCAGCAGUCAAAGCAGCCUUUUCUGUCUUCCGGGCACAUACAACCUGGCACUUCUCAUUCACAGUUAAAUGUUUAGUGCACACUUCCCUGCGUGCCUUUGUGCUUUGUGAUAAUCUCGUGGGCAUCACAUUGUGCGUGACAAAAUAAACGUCGUCAACAAUCA